AUGGUUUCAUAUCGCGCGAAACAAGAGCCUAAAAUCGUUUUGUUAAAGAUACAGUGGCGAAUGCCUCAUAUAGUGUUAAAAGAUGUUAACAAAUUAAGAUUAUUGCGCACAUUGGAUAGCGGACGAUACCUGAGCGUCGCUUUUCGCUCGUGGGAUCUCUACGAGUUUCCGCUUCUACAGAGCACGACUAAACAUUCGUGGGCUGUCAAAGCGGCGACGCAACUCGAGAAACCGCGAUACGUUAUCUUCGCGCUACAGUCCGGAAAGAAGAACGUUCUAUCCGAGGAGCCUUCCCUAUUCGACGAUUGCAAACUAACUAAUGUCAAAUUGUAUCUUAAUUCCGAUUUUUAUUCUUACGACGACAUGAAUCUGGAUUUCGAGCGCAAAGCCACAGUGCUGUACGAUAUGUACUCGAAAUUUCGAAGAACGUACUACGGAUGCGACAAAGACGAAGGGCUCUUAAAUCUGAAUAAAUUUUUAGUCCACGGCCCGCUCGUAGUCAUCGACUGUUCUCGACAAAACGAGUCGAUCAAGAGCGCCACUGUGGAUGUUCGCGUAGAGUUUGAUUGCAAGGAGAACAUUCCCUCUAAUACCACAGCUUACUGUCUUAUCAUUCACAAUCGAGUGGUGGAGUACAAUCCGCUCACCAACGUUGUGCGCAGAAUCGUGUAA